AUGGCCGUGAUUGUGGUGGUGGAUGGUAAAGGAGAGUCACCACGACAUAAACCCGGCCACACUGCGUCACAUCAGAGUCACCACGACACGGCCACACUGCGUCACAUCAGAGUCACCGCGACACGGCCACACUGCGUCACAUCAGAGUCACCGCGACACGGCCACACUGCGUCACAUCAGAGUCACCACGACAUAAACCCGGCCACACUGCGUCACAUCAGAGUCACCGCGACACGGCCACACUGCGUCACAUCAGAGUCACCACGACAUAAACCCGGCCACACUGCGUCACAUCAGAGUCACCACGACACGGCCACACUGCGUCACAUCAGAGUCACCGCGACACGGCCACACUGCGUCACAUCAGAGUCACCACGACACGGCCACACUGCGUCACAUCAGAGUCACCACGACAUAAACACGGCCACACUGCGUCACAUCAGUCACCGCGACACGGCCACACUGCGUCACCACGACACGGCCACACUGCGUCACAUCAGAGCUGGACUAAAUGCAUGA